CCACUGGCCGAGAAUGGCCCUCGUAUGGCCCUCGUAUGAUUAAGCAUGUCCAAGAAUGCCAACAACAACCACCUGGCCUUCCUUCCGCCCACGAUCCUCCUAGAUUAGGUCUUCCUUCUCCAUACUAUAACAAGGAAUUCAAUCAACAUUGAAUUUUUUGCGGAAUUCCGGCCAUAUGCAUCGGAGACAAACCUUUAGCGACGGGAAUUGAAGAGCUAUUACUUGUAAUUUGCAAUUUGCUUGGCAAAUCGACUCACCGUGUUAUCAUAUUCGUAUAUCCAUGGAUUCUUCGGCUAGAAUCUCCUCCUUUGUUUUUCUCUCUCAUCUCCUACUUUUGUUAUGCUCUCUGGUUUCAGUUUCGACUUCCAGGGCAACGGCAAGCCCUGAUUACGGGAGUGAGAAAGUAUCGCUUGAUGUUUACUAUGAAUCGCUCUGUCCAGACAGCGUUAAAUUUAUAGUGGACAAUCUGAUCGAGUUGUUUGAGGGUGGACUCAUCUCCAUAGUUGAUCUUAGAUUCGUUCCCUACGGCAAUGCGAGGAUCGGUCGAAACAGUUCCAUCACUUGUCAGCAUGGUCCUAAUGAAUGUCUACUGAACACCGUGGAAGCCUGCGCUAUUCAUGCCUGGCCUGAGCUGACAGGGCAUUUUCCUUUUAUUUUCUGUGUGGAGGCUGCAGUGUAUGAGCGGAAGUAUACCCAAUGGGAGACUUGCUUCGAGAAAUUGGGAUUGAAUCCUAAGCCUGUUUAUGAUUGCUAUUCUUCAGGACUUGGGAAAGAGCUUGAAUUACAAUAUGCAGCUGAAACCGACAAUCUUCAGCCUCCUCAUAAAUACGUUCCUUGGGUGGUUGUUGAUGGACAACCGCUUUAUGAGGACUUUGAAAACUUCGUGAGCUAUAUCUGUGCGGCGUAUAAAGGUUCUUCUGUGCCAAGCGCAUGUAGUAAAGCUAAAUCCCUUAGUUCCAUUUAAAGAGGUAGAAAAGGAAAGUUCUAUAUGAAUGGUGAAGAUGGUAAUGCUGCUGUUUCAUCUGCAAUAAUGUUGUUGAAAUUGUUUACUGAAUAAUAAUAGCGUUAUUGUUUGUAGGAAGCGUUAGUCGUGUUGUCAUCAACAUUUAAAAUCUGAGAAUCUGACGUUUAAGGCUACAAAGGGAGCAUUUAGAUUGUUUAAGGCUACAAAGGGAGCAUUUAGAUUGUCUUUAUAUGUACUCUCAUACUGAAAAGUUAGAGAUUAGAAUCUUACCUUCACAUAUUUUAAACUCAAGAGCAUAUAUAUAUAUACAAAGGCCCUCUACACUUUUCGUGUA